AUGUCUGAAACAACCAACAUAACCACAGACCAGUCAGCUCUUCUUGUCCUAAAAUCCCAUAUAACCCAUGAUCCACAAAACAUUUUGUCCGAAAAUUGGUCAACUUCUUCAUCCAUUUGCAGCUGGGUUGGUGUAACUUGUGGUGCUAAACACAAAAGGGUUACCAUGUUGAAUCUUUCUUAUAUGGGUCUUACUGGAACUGUUCCUCCACAACUUGGAAACCUUACUUUUCUUGUAGAAUUAAGAUUAGAAAACAAUAGUUUUCAUGGAUCCUUGCCCGUGGAAUUGACUCGGCUACGGCGGUUGAAGAUGAUCAAUUUUGGAUUUAAUAACCUGAUGAAAGGAGAGAUUCCUUCUUGGUUUGGAUUGUUUCCAAAACUUGAAUCCUUGAAUUUGUAUGGUAAUCAGUUUACAGGUUUAUUACCUACUUCCAUCUUCAAUUUGUCUUCGUUACAAAUAAUGAGUUUCAAAAAUAACCAGCUUACAGAAAUUCCAAAGGAGAUUGGUCACGUGAACAGCCUUGAGGUGUUGUCCAUACGAUACAAUGCCUUAACAGGGCCUUUUCCUUUGUUUGUCCUCGAUAUUUCUUCUUUGAAAAAUUUGAGUUUCACAUAUAAUAAUCUAUCCGGUAGCCUGCCAAACAGUAUCUGUGAAAGUGUUCCUAAUCUCAAACUGUUGGCUUUAGCUCACAAUCAGCUUGGUGGCACCAUUCCAUCCCAAUGGUCUCAAUGCAAAAAUCUUCAAUUUUUGUUAUUAUCAUAUAAUCGCUUUGUUGGAAGCAUACCCAGAAAUAUUGGAAACUUGACAAUUCUGAAGGAGCUUUAUCUUGGGCCCAACAACUUAACAGGUAUAGUACCCAGUGAGAUUGGUGAUCUUCAAAAUCUUGAGGUAUUAGUCCUCCAAGUGAACCAUUUCAGUGGACCCAUGCCACCUAAAUUCUUCAAUAUUUCUUCAAUGAGGAUCAUUGGACUAGCAGUUAAUCACUUGUCAGGCCAAUUUCCAUCACAUACAAGUUUCCUAUUUCCCAACCUUAAGCAGCUUGUCAUAGGAAUGAACGAUUUCACUGGUCCAAUCCUCAAUUUUAUAUCGAAUGCUUCUCAACUCACCCAAAUUGAUAUUCCAUACAAUUCAUUCUAUGGCACUGUUACAAGUAAACUUUGUUCUUUACGAAAUAUCCAAUGGCUUAACUUAGCCUUCAACAAUUUUACCAUUGACUCUUCAGACAACUUCUUCACUUCUUUAUCAGAUUGUAAAUAUCUUAGAUUGUUAGAGUUGGAAAGCAACCCAUUGAAUGCAAUGCUUCCAGAUUUUGGUGGGAAUCUUUCUUCUUCCCUCCAAUAUUUUGGAGUCAUUAAUUGCUCAAUGAAGGGCAAUAUUCCUAAACAAAUUGGGAGUUUAAGCAGCUUAAUUACCUUAAAGUUGGAUGACAAUGACUUGACUGGAUCCAUUCCACCUACAAUUGGAGGACUCCAAAAGGUUCAAGGUAUAUAUUUGAAUGGAAACGAGGUACAAGGAUUUAUACCUUCAGAAAUUUGCCACUUAGAGAGCCUGGUUGAGUUGUUUUUGGCCAAUAAUAAGCUCAUUGGGUCUAUACCAGAAUGCUUGGGAAAUCUCAGUUCUCUAAGAACUCUCUCAUUGAACUCCAAUGGAUUGAAUUCCACAAUUCCAAACGCAUUAUGGAGUCUUGUAUAUAUCUUGACAGUGAACCUCUCAUCCAAUUCUCUUGUUGGAUCUCUCCCUUUGAAUGUUGAGAACUUGAAAGUUCUGAUAGCAAUAGAUUUAUCAAAAAAUGAGCUUUCAGGCAACAUACCAAGUACCAUUGGGAGUCUUCAGAAUUUGCUGGAAGGAGAAAUCCCUACUGGAGGACCUUUUGUGAAUUUCUCAGCUCAAUCAUUUUUGUCAAACAAUGGACUUUGUGGUGCACCUCGGCUGCAAGUAUUGCCAUGCACAAGGAAAGAAACUCAUAAAUCAAGAAAUGCAACAGAAACUAUAGGUGUGCUGAGGAUUACUUUGCCAGUGGUUUCAUCAAUAUUACUUAUAUUGGCACUUGCAUGUUUGUUCGUGAGAUGCAAAAAAGAUAAGGCUUUGAAAAUUUCGAGUGAGGCCACCUUGAAACUUCCAUCAACAUGGACAGAGAUUUCACAUAAAGAGCUGCUGGAGGCAACGAAUGGCUUCAACGAAGCAAACUUACUCGGUACAGGGAGUUUUGGCUCUGUAUAUGAAGGAAAACUCAAUGAUGGAUUGCAUGUUGCAAUAAAAGUUUUCAAUCUGAAUUUCGAAAAGGCAUGUAAGAGUUUUGAUGCUGAAUGUGAAGCAUUAUUCAAUCUCCACCAUCGGAAUCUUAUCAAAAUUUUGAAGGCUCACAAUGGAAAUGAAUUCAAAGCCUUGGUGCUACAAUUCAUGCCUAUGGGAAGCCUUGAGAAGUGGUUGCAUAAUUGUAACUACAAUCUAAAUAUGUUACAAAGAUUGAACAUAAUGAUUGAUGUUGCAUCUGCAUUGGAAUACCUUCAUCAUGAUUAUUCAGAGCCUGUUGUUCAUUGUGAUAUAAAGCCUAGCAACAUACUUUUAGAUGGAGAUAUGGUUGCUCAUGUUGCUGAUUUCGGAAUUACAAAAAUGUUAGGCAAAAACGCUUUGAUGACACAAACCAAAACCCUAGCCACUAUUGGGUAUAUGGCACCAGGUAAUAUAGUUUUCGAGCUAUAGUUUCAUUUUGCUUGUUUAUACAACCCUUCUUUAACAUUGUUGGAUAUUUCUCUGCAGAAUAUGGACUAGAUGGGAUUGUUUCCACAAAAGGAGAUGUGUACAGUUAUGGUAUUUUGCUUAUGGAAACUUUCACAGGAAAAAAGCCUACAGAUAAAAUGUUUGUUGAAGAUUUGAGCUUGAGGAAAUGGGUUAGGGAAUCAUUCUCUUUGGAAUUCACAGAAGUUGCAGAUAAGGAAUUGUUGGGUGAAGAAAAAGCACAUAGACCUGUCAUAAAAGUUUGUUUAUCAUCCAUCUUGGACUUGGCCCUGAAUUGUUCUCUAGAGACACCAGAGACGAGGAAAACUAUAAAGGACGUUUCAAUUUCACUUCAUAAAAUCAGAAGGAGGUUCUUGAAGGAAAUUCAGUAUACAUAAUAAGCUCAAACCCCCGUAGUUGCAUUGUAUAACCACACUCAUAUUUCACUUUGAAGGAAUUGCAAUGUUUUCAGAGUACCAGAAGCAUAAUAAAUUGAA